CUUUUUACUGUCACCAGUUCUUCCCUGGGCCGACUUUCAAGUGCACGCACAUUACCCCGCCUGUGCCCACCUUACCAUCUUGACCAACACACAUCACCUCGCCUCGGCAGAUCGCGAUGCCGGACUUCAAGCUUUCGGCCCAGUUGAAAGGUCACGAAGCGGAUGUCCGAGCCGUGUCCUUUCCCACCCCGAAGACCGUCUUCUCGACUUCCCGUGACCAAACGGUCCGUCGGUGGCAGAAGACCGCCGACAAGCCCACAACAUUCGACGACACGAUAACAAGCCAGGGACACGGCUAUAUAAAUUCUCUCACAUUCCUCCGCGCCUCUUCUACCUGGCCCGAAGGUCUUGUCCUUUCGGCCGGCCAAGAAGCCAUCAUCGAAGCGAAGCGACCAAACCUAACUACAACCGACAACGCCGAUCGUCUCCUCAUUGGCCAUGGCCAUAACGUCUGCACUCUCGAUGUAUCCCCCCGCGGAACUUACGUUGUAUCCGGUGGCUGGGAUGGGAAGGGGCUCGUUUGGGACACGGAAAAGUGGCAGAUAUCGGCCCAGCUCAUGCACCAGGGCGAGGUCAAGAGUGUCUGGGCUGCCCUGGCCUACGACGAGCACACGGUGAUUACGGGUAGCGCCGACACCCAUAUUCGCAUCUUCGACAUUCGUCAGGUCAACGCCAACGGCGAGGUCGAGCCACGGCGUACCCUUAGCACCAGCUCUGUUGUCCGCGCCAUAUGUAAGCUUCCCAGCGGCAUCAAGGGCCAUCCGAGCGGGGCCGAGUUUGCAAGCGCCGGAAACGACGGCAUCAUCCAGCUCUGGAAAAUGAACGGUACACAAGUCGGGGCGCUGCAAGGACACGACAGCUUCAUAUACUCUCUCGCUUGCCUACCCACGAGCGAAAUUGUCAGUGCUGGGGAGGACCGGACAGUCCGGAUCUGGAGGGGGUCGGAGUGUAUCCAGACAAUAACACACCCUGCCAUUUCAGUAUGGUCGGUUGCCGUGUGCCCCGAGAACGGAGACAUCGUUUCCGGCGCCAGCGAUAACAUGGUCCGCGUUUUCACUCGCAACGCAGAUCGCAUGGCACCGCCCGAGGCUCUGUCCCAGUUCGAGGAAUCCGUCCGGGCAUCCGCCAUCCCCCAGCAGCAGCUCGGCCCUUCGAUCAACAAGGAACGGCUAAACCCGAAGGCCUGGCUCCUUAACAACGCAGGCAAGAAGGACGGUCAGGUAACUACGGUUCUGGAAGACGACGGCAGCAUCGGGGCUUAUCAAUGGUCGUUGAGCGAGCAGCGGUGGGUUCACGUUGGAACCGUCGUGGACUCGACUGGAAGCAGUGGACGGAAAGUCCAGUAUAAUGGUCAAGAAUACGAUUACGUCUUUGAUGUCGACAUCGAGGAGGGCAAGCCCCCACUCAAGCUGCCGUAUAACCUCACCGAAAACCCAUAUGAGGCGGCAACCAAAUUUCUAGGCGACAACGAACUUCCCAUAUCAUACAUCGAUCAAGUGGCCCAGUUCAUCGUCACCAACACUAAGGGGGCAACCAUUGGCCAGAGCACCGAUGCCCCCUCUGCCGACCCAUACGGGACAGAGUCACGGUAUGAGCCGGGGCAAACAGAACAAACGAAGAAGUACCUACCGCACACGGAGUACCUCGCUCUUACGCAGGCCAAGUGGGAACCGGUGGCAAAAAAGCUCAAGAGCCUCAACGAAAAACAUGUGUUGGCUGGAAACAAGCAUAUUGCCUUGAACCCCGAUGGUGUCAACCGUCUUGAGACGGUUCUUCAAGCUGCAAUGGGAACGGCGAUCCAAAAGACAACCCCCCCGGCGCUCCUCGAAUCCCAGCGUAACAUUUACACGCUCGUCACGCAAUGGCCCUACGGCGACCGGCUUCCGACCCUCGACGUCCUCCGCUGUUUGGUCGCAUGGCCGGGUUCGGCAUCGCUCAACGAUAGCAACUACGGUAGCGUUGUCGACAUUAUCCUCCGCGGCGCUCUCGACAGCCAAGACCCAGUCCCCUCCAACGAGACCCCCUUAGACGAAUUCAUCAAGACGGCGGACGCCUCCAAGUUUAACAUCAACAACGUGAUGAUGGCCGUCCGCGCAGUCACCAACCUCUUCGCCACCCCUGAAGGCCGCACCCUCGUCACUUCGGAAGCAACCGCUAUCUUGACUCUCCUAGCGCGCAUCGCGGGCGUGGCGGAUAACCAGGCCGACCCCAUCGGCACGGCUAACAACAACCUUCAGAUCGCUCUGACCUCGGCAACGUUCAAUUACGCCUGCCUCGCUUACAACCAGAGGGACUCGAUCGACAGCGAGCUCCUGAUGCAGCUCUACCCGAUAGCGGAAGCGGUCAUCCAACGCCAGACCGACCCGGAGGUGCUAUUCCGCGCGCUCAUGACACUGGGGAUGUUGGCGGCCGCUGGUGGGGAUGCGCGGGAGGUGACUGAGGUUCUGGGGCUGCGUGAGCUGGCGGCGGAGGCGGCCAAGAAGUCGGACGAUGCGAGGAUCAAGGCGGUUGCGCAGGAGUGCUCCGCGUAUCUAAAGAAGUAGGGUGUGGUAGUGCUACGAUGGGCUCUGUGUUCGGGCGCGGUGGGUGUAUGGGAUGAGGCGUGGACGCUCGGCUUGGU